AAAAGGAAGUUGUAGGGAAAAAUAAAUAGUGGGUUCAUAAUCUGCUUAUCGUCAGGAUAAUCUUGAAGAAAAACCAUGUAACGUACCAUCGCCAUUGAGCUUGAAAUAACAAGGAAGCUUUGAUCAAUUGACCUAACUCCCUAUGGCAACUCCCUUUUAUAUAAAUUAAAUAGCUCCAUCAUGUUAUAUAUAUUGAGAGAAAUAAACUUCCGUUUCAUGUCUACCAGAGGAGAAACGCGUCUGCAUUGAGCUUUUCUACACAUCUCUACCAGAUCAAGAGGAGAAACGCGUCUGCAUUGAGCUUUUCUACACAUCUCUACCAGAUCAAGGCACCUCAUAUCAUCAUUGACAUCCAUUACAAUCACGAACACAUCAAAAUGGAACUAAGCAAUCAUGAUCCACUAGUAACUUCGAUGAGUGAGGAGUUGGAUAGAUUGCCUCCGCUGUCUCCUUCGUGUUGUAUCUACAGAGUUCCUAAGCGACUUCGACGUGUAAGUGAAAAGGCCUACACACCUCAAGUAGUCUCUAUAGGCCCCCUUCACCAUGGCAAGGAAGCCUUAAAAGCCAUGGAAGAGCUCAAAUAUAGAUACCUAAAAGAUUUUUUAGAACGUACCGAUGUUACGUUGGAGUACUGCAUAAGAAGAAUAAGGGACAAAGAAGCAGUGCUGCGCAGUUGCUAUGCAGAGACCAUUAAGUUUACCAGUGAUGAAUUUGUAAGAAUCAUUCUAGUGGAUGCGGCCUUCAUCAUUGAGAUCUUAAUGAGGUUUCGUUACAAGAAAUUGCGAGUUCCGACUGACCGGAUAUUCAACAAACCAAGGAUGUUAGAGGAUGUGUGGCCUGACAUGCGGAUGCUUGAAAAUCAACUGCCGUUUUUCAUUCUUGUGGAUCUUUUUGAUCAGGAGAGAAAUAGAGUCGACACUGAGACGACUUCCAUAAUUGAUCUUUCUCACCACUUCUUCAAAAAUCUAAUGUAUCUAAAAGAUACGGAAGAUGCUUUGCCCCAAAUACGUCCUCCUCAUGAGGUAGAACAUUUCGUUGAUUUUGUUAGAAAGUUAUAUCCACUACCACCACCAUCAGUAUUGGAAGUACCACAAGCUCGAGGGCAAUCUAAAACUCUGGCCAUAUCUAGCAUGAGGUCAUCAUCAUUUGUAGUGGAUGUACAACAAGCUCAAGGGCCACUCGAAACUCUACUCACACUCACACCCAGCAUGACACAAUUGUACCGCGCCGGAGUCAAGUUUAAGGUGGGAUCUAGUAGAAAUAAAUUUGACAUAAGAUUCGAAGAUGGGGUAUUGGAAAUUCCAAAAAUAACAAUAAGUGAUCAAUCAGAAGUUACACUCACAAAUCUCCUUGUCUAUGAACAAAGCUUAUGCCAGAAAGUUGAGAAUUACAUAAACGAUUAUGUUGUCAUCUUGAACAUUCUAGUGAAAACCCCAGAAGACGUGGAAUUGCUUGUUAAGAACGGAAUUGUUGAAAAUAAGCUAGGUGACAGCAGUAAGGGGUGUACUAUGAUUAAGAACCUAGCGGAUGGGGUCGUUAUGGACUCGGAGGAGUUCUACUUUGCCACUCUUUGUGACGACCUGACCAAGUACUACAAAAUGUUCAGGCACAGAGGGAUGGAAUAUUUGAUAAAACAUUUUUUCAACUCACCUUGGACAACUAAAGAAAUCAUUGCAGCUGUUAUUCUUCUAGUGCUCACUCUCAUACAGACGGUCUGCUCUGUUAUCUCUGCUACGCAAAAACAUUUCAGGUAGCAGCAAUGUCAUUAGAAGGAAGCUACUAUGCUGUGGCUGUAGGGAGCAUGUUUGGGACACAUCAUGUUAUCUGGCGCCUCAUCAAAAAUGGAUUCUAGAAAAGCCUACAGAUUAAGCUUAACACAUGUUGCCCCAGUCUUUCUGCCCUUCAUAUCUAAUGUAGAAGCUGAUGCUUGCGUCUUGUGACCUUAAGAAACUAAUCUCGCUUAAUUCUCUAUUUAUUUUUAAAAAGAUGUAAAUAUUGAACAAGGUUAUUAGAAAUGUACCUAUUAGCUUUGUCCCAUUGCAACUGUAUGCCUCUAACUGUACAUUGUCCUUUUCCUGAAGAUGAUUAUAAUUUUCUCUUUAAAGUAAUCAGUUGUUUCUUCACUA